AAUCUCUCGCUCGUUAUCGAAUGAGCGCGUUGAGAAAUUGCAAAGAAAAGAAUAUCAUCUUGAGAAAAACAUGAAAAACAAGAUUGCGCUGCCCUGGAUUCACCUCUUGAUAACAGUUGCCGUGGCAGCUGAUCAAGGUGGAGUAUCAUUCUGGAAAGAAAGCUUCAAGAUGAAAUGUCCACAAGAUGGGAAAUGGUUCCAAGGAAAAAGUGAAGUAGGGCCCAAAAGCAGCUCCUACACUGUUGAUUUCGAUGGAAAUACCAAAGGCCUUUAUCAUUGUGAAUACGGUGCCCAAAUGCCUUCCGUGAAAUACUAUUUCUACGUUGAAGGAAAAGGCUGCUCACAUUGUUUUGAGAUGGAUGGCGUCGUGUUGGGGCUGGUUAUUGCUGCAGAUGUGAGUGUAACAGCAACAGUGAUGAUCCUGAUCUACUGGUGCGUCAAGAAGAGAAGUGCCACGCAGGCAAUUGGAGGUCCAGUGCCACCCUCACCUGACUAUGAGCCCCUGAACAUACAUGGCCAGGAUGCAUACUCCUCCCUAAACAACAUAAAAACGAGAUGAGGGUGGGAAGUUGAAAGGUUUCACCGGCGAAGACAAACAACUGCAAAAGACGGACGGAAGACUUGGAAACUUUUUUUUCCUGGUUUCCUCAUAUGCUGGCAAUGUGGAAAUAUAUAUAUAUAUAUAUAUAUAUAUAUAUAUAUAUAUAUAUAUAUAUAUAUAUAUAGUCAAUCAUAGAUUUUAUACAGGCGUCAAGAAUAGUGAUUCUGACAGAUCAUUGGCAAUAUUACAUUAACAGACAUCAUCACACAAACUAGGAUCACGGCACAACUUGUUUAGUCAAUAAUUUAGUAUACUGUAUAUACAGUUGAUAUUUAGUAUGAAACACAUUGUGUUGAAAGUGAACUCUUAUGCCACUCUGCUUAUGCAAGAAUGCAUUAGAUUAUACACAUCACAAAUAUGGCUAAGAGACUGUUUUUAUAAACGCUCCGAUUUGUUUGGAUUUUAAAAUGUUUAUUAUUAAGUAAUAGAAAUCUAAAUAAACAAUUAUACGUUAGGUGCGGAAAAAAGGGCUAUUUCAUCCCUACAAGCCUGUUUUGCAGGUUAUUCCCCCUGAAGAGCAGAGAAACCUGCAAAACAGGCUUGUCGGGAUAGAAUAGCCUCUGUGUUUUUCCCUGACCUAACGUAUAUUCCGCUCUACCCCGGUAUUGAGCACUGUAUAACGGAUAAACCACAGAAACCUUGACUAUAAAUAAUCAAUUAUAUAAUCAAACAACUAUGUAAAUAAAGAAAAUACAACUGUCUGUUAAAUGCUUAGCAUAUAGGGCAGCUCACUGAAAGCAGGUUAAAUGUUCUUACCUGGAAUAAAAGUGUAAAAAGAAGUUAAAUGCUACGUAUAAAAAGGGGGGGCGUGGACUCAUCCAUAACUUUAAUUAAUACACUGCCACAAAAAAAAUGUAUAUGAGCUCAUUAAGGUUACAGCUAAGGUAAAACAUGUGUAGUAAGAGAUAAAAAGUAGGCUAUCUUGUUAGUCAAAUAUUUUUAACCUUACUUUCAGGUCAUUUUUGCAGUUUGCAUGUGAAGUGAGAGUCUAUCAUACCCAUCAACCCUGUCAAAACCACCGUAUUUUACCCUUCUCUACAUUUUCUGAACUGGAAAUUCCGUGACCAAAAAAAUAAAAACCUCUCCGGUAGUGAGAGGGCAAUGCCGGAAACCCUGACAUUUUCAGCUGGCUCCGGAACACAUCCUGUCGAGUACAGUCAGGCCUUCAUAACAGCGACACAGUAGGAAGUCUGGAAAGCUGGAAAACCGGACUUUUCUGCUUUUUUCUAGAAAACUUCCCUCAUUUUUAAACGCAAAUACCAUUUUGUUUUGUUUUUUAUUAUUAUUUUAGUAACGUGUGGUUGCUUUAGUCAUAAUUUGCUGAGCAAUCAAGAGGCAUUUCCCAUAUUUGAUUAUGACUCUGUCACACGUUUCUUCUUUGGAAAUCUCUGUAUGACAUAAAAAGAUAACGAAGAAGCAAAACAAAUCAUUAAUCAGUUCGACAAUCACUGAGUGGAAGUCUCACAAAAUUGAGUCGUGUUGUACAGUCCAAUAAAUCGUUAAAAGUUCCGCUGUAUUAUGUUAAUUAAUUUAAAAUGUUAUGUUUGAUGGAUGGUCAAAUGGGACAUAUAUGUCCUCAAUUAAUUAAAAUUGGAAUUAAAUAGAUAAAUGUGUUAAAAAAAGAAAGAUGUCAAUUAUUCAUUUAAUGUUUAAUCAUUACAUGUUUAAUUAUUGAAUUACUAUUGAUGCAAUUAUUUCACAAUUUUAUUAUUUUUAACGCUGUCAUGAUUUUGAGUGCUUCAUGAAUGUAUUUUAUCCAUCAAAGUGACGCAUCAAAGUCCUUCACGGCUGAGUUUGACAGGUCAAAUAUUGGAAAUAGUUGAAUAAAUCAUGAAACAAUUCUUUAAAUCAUAAAAUAACUAACAAAUCAAGUAAUAAGUCAUUAAAUUAUGAAAUAAGUAUUCAAAUACUUUGUUAAAUAUUAAAAUAAUAAAUUCACAUAUUUAAUACAAUUUUAUAUAAAUCCAAUUGUAAAUAAUCAUUGACACAUUUAAGUAGUUGUUUAUUUAUUUUAUUUUGUUUCAUUUGACCCUCCAUAAUAUUUGCCAUCAUUUAAUAAGUUAUAACACAACGGAUGUUUUUUUUUUUUAGCAUUUGCAAAAAAAACUUCGCUUUUUUUUUAAAUUAUGCAACAUCUCAACUCACUGUUAUAUAGUUAUAAAUGAAUAUGCUUUAAUAAAACUGUUUUCCCCAUGUACUGUAAACACCUAUGUAACAUUUUCUUGCUAUCAUUCAUUUUCUUUGUACCAUAACUUUAUUGAGAGUAAGCUCACAUUUUACUGACAGUGAGCUAAAUUUGACUAAUAGUAAGCUAACAUUUUACUAUUUGAAAGCUAACAUUUUACUUACCGUGAGCAAAGUUAUUAAUGCAAUAUACCCGUGUUACUGAUUUUAUGAAAAUGUAACAAUAUGGUUGACAACUGUUUUAUAUAUAAUGCAAUAGUGGAUGUGAAUCAUUAAUUUGUGGAAUGUGAUGCUGUACAUUUGUUUUGGGAGGAGAUCAGAGGUUGGCUGAAAGAUAAAAAGGUUUAGAGAUGUCCACAUUUACUAUAAAAGUGAUUGCAUUUGGCAUUUUAUUUAAAUAUAGCAACCUAGAAGUGUUUGGUAAUGUAGUUAUGUUGCAAGCUACAUUUUUUCAUACAUAAAAGUCAAUUGUUAUUUUUUUGGGAGGAAUUUAAGCUUUUUUAGAUGAGCUCAGUUUUUUUAUUUAUUUGAUGUAUAUUUUAAUCUCAUUUGUAUUCUUAUAUUUACUUUUACUUUUUUAACAGGUUUUGUUUGUAUGAGGAUUUUGUUUAAUUAGAUUUAUUAUGUAAAAUGCUCAACCUGUAUAAAACAUUGAAAAUCGCAUUGUAUUGGAAGUGCCUCAAUGAGUUUGUACAUUAUUUAUGUAUGUUCAUUGUUCAAUAAAAACAUUUUACUGAU